AUGACUGUACUCCUCUUCAUCGCCACCGAAUUCUCAACCAGUCAUCCUCCCUACCCAAUCGCCCUAUUACUUGCAACAAACUCUUUAUCCUCAAGACCCUACCUCCGCUUACGUCUUCUCUUCCCACUCCUCCUCCUAUUACACUUCUCCGCUCUCUCCCCCGCCCUCACUGCUUUCCAGAGUCACUCUGCCCUACCCUCCCAAUCCCCGAAACCACAUCCACAAUGGCCCCUCUCCCCGCCUUCGUCCCUGGUGGUCUGGCCCUGGCCGCGCGCACCACUAGCGCGACGCUUCAGUCGCGCUCCACCUCGCGCCCCAAUCUCCGCAUCGUCCCCCGCGCAGUACGCCCCGCCCGCCUCUCCGUCUCCAUGCAGGCCACCUCAGCCGACAGCGAGAUGUAUAGGCUGCUCAACCUCCCGGUCCCCUCCUCAGUCGUCCUCGCCGAGUACGUCUGGCUCGACGGUUUCUACAAGCUCCGCUCCAAGUCUCGCACCGUCGACCCAAAUAUCACAGACCCUGCCAACCUCCCGUCCUGGAACUACGAUGGCUCCUCCACCAACCAGGCCCCCGGUGAGGACUCGGAGGUCAUCCUCAAGCCCCGCGUCAUCUACAAGGACCCCUUCCGUGGCGGCGACCACAUCCUCGUUUUGUGCGAUACAUACACUCCAGAUGGCGUGCCCUUGCCCACCAACACCCGCGCCUCUUGCGAUAAGGUCAUGGACAACGCGAAGAGCCUCGCCCCUUGGUUCGGCCUGGAACAGGAGUACUUUCUCAUCAACCCCGAGACGGGCAGGCCGCUCGGCUUUCCAGUCGAUAGCGAGCCUGCUCCCCAAGGGCCCUACUAUUGCGGUAUUGGCGCUGAGAACGCCUUUGGCCGUGAGAUCGCUGACGCCGCCUGGCGCGCACAAUUGUACGCGGGCUUGAGAGUCGGUGGCAUUAACGCAGAGGUCGCCCCGGGGCAGUGGGAGUUCCAAGUCGGUCCGUGCGUGGGCAUUGAGGAGGGUGAUAUGAUGUGGAUGGCGCGUUACAUUUUGGAGCGCGUCGCCGAGAUUGCGGGGCUCAUCGUCAAUUACGAACCGAAGCCUGUCAAGGGAGACUGGAACGGCUCUGGGUGCCAUUCCAACUUUUCCACAAAGGGCAUGCGUGAGGACGGCGGAUACGAAAAAGAGAUAAUUCCCGCUAUGGAGCGCUUGCGGUUCAAGCAUAUGGAGCACAUCAACGCGUACGGUGAGGGCAACGAUCAGCGUCUUACCGGUAAGCAUGAGACGGCCCCGAUUACCGAGUUCCGCUGGGGGGUUGGUGACCGUGGAGCUUCAUGCCGUGUCGGGACAGGUAUUGUAAAGGAAGGCAAGGGGUACUUCGAAGAUCGUCGGCCUGCCGGAAAUUGCGACCCCUAUGUUGUCACAAAGCUACUUGUGAAGACAGGAUGUAAUGUCAACGAAGACUAAUCGCUUAAUUUUGGCAAGUGAGCACUACCUGUAGACGGACGUGUCUUGAGCACGAGCAUGAGUUUUCGCAUCACUCCUCAGCCUGACCGGCGAGAGCGGUAUGUGUUGAAGGAUUUAGUCUCAUCACGAGGCUCAUGAACCUUCUGAACACCAGAAUAGAAUUAUUAGCCCGCUUUACAGGAACAGAUAAAAGUCAUUCCCCUAUA